UCCGCCGCAGGCAUUAGCGCCGAGUCCGCGCCACGAGAGUCAGUGUCAGCCGUCCUGCUAUGGACAGCGAGUAGUGGCCCCAGCAGAGUAGCCAUCCGAGAUCAGACGAAGCCACCACCGAAGCACCACAGCAGCAGCCAUGAUCAGCCUGAAUCCCCCCAGUUACGCCUAUAUGCGCGAUGGGAGCAAUCUCAGUCUGGCGGAGAGUGUGCCCGCCGAAAUCAUGCACAUGGUGGAUCCCUACUGGUACCAGUGGCCUCCGCUGGAGCCCAUGUGGUUCGGCAUCAUUGGCUUUGUUAUCGCCAUUCUCGGCACCAUGUCGCUUACGGGUAACUUCAUCGUGAUGUACAUCUUCACCUCGUCGAAGGGACUGCGCACUCCCUCCAACAUGUUCGUGGUGAACCUGGCCUUCUCCGACUUCAUGAUGAUGUUCACUAUGUUCCCGCCCGUGGUUCUGAACGGCUUCUAUGGCACCUGGAUCAUGGGUCCCUUCCUGUGCGAACUUUAUGGCAUGUUCGGCUCGCUCUUUGGCUGCGUCUCGAUCUGGUCUAUGACCCUGAUCGCCUACGAUCGCUACUGCGUGAUCGUCAAGGGAAUGGCCAGGAAGCCACUGACAGCCACUGCGGCAGUCCUGCGACUCCUGGUCGUCUGGAUCAUCUGCGGCGCCUGGGCCCUUAUGCCGCUCUUCGGCUGGAAUCGCUAUGUGCCCGAGGGCAACAUGACCGCCUGCGGCACCGAUUACUUCGCCAAGGACUGGUGGAACCGGUCCUACAUCAUUGUCUACUCGCUGUGGGUCUACCUUACGCCGCUGCUGACCAUCAUCUUUUCCUACUGGCACAUCAUGAAGGCGGUGGCUGCCCACGAGAAGGCCAUGCGGGAGCAGGCCAAGAAGAUGAACGUGGCUUCGCUGCGCAACAGCGAGGCUGACAAGAGCAAGGCCAUUGAGAUCAAGCUGGCCAAGGUGGCCCUAACCACCAUAUCGCUCUGGUUCUUCGCCUGGACCCCGUACACCAUCAUCAACUAUGCGGGAAUCUUCGAGUCCAUGCACCUGAGUCCGCUCAGCACCAUCUGCGGCUCCGUGUUCGCCAAGGCCAAUGCGGUGUGCAACCCCAUUGUGUACGGCUUGAGCCAUCCCAAGUACAAGCAGGUGCUCAGGGAGAAGAUGCCCUGCCUGGCAUGUGGCAAGGACGACUUCGCCUCGGACUCGAGAACUCAGGCUACGGCGGAGAUCAGCGAGUCGCAGGCCUAAGCGGAUCAGAGACGACGACUGCAGACGUGAGGAACUGACGGCUCUAGAUCUACACAGACUCAACUAUUUUGCAAGGACACCUCAACGAAAACCCAAAAAAAGAUGGCAAUUAAAAAAUGUAAAAAAAAUACUGUGAAAAUACAACUGCAAUUGAUACAAAAUCAAAA